AUGGCGCUAGAGGCAGCCCCCUUGUCCCGGCUGCGGAGCCGGCGCGCCGCCUGGCUGAAAAAGGGGGUCAGCUUUGACUGCGAGAGCGAAGGAGACCAUUCCGUCUCCGAAGACCUCGGCUGUAGACGGGGAGAAUUCAGUAGGAAACACUACGGUUCAGUAGAGCUGCUUAUCUCCAGUGAUGCUGAUGGAGCCAUUCAAAGGGCUGGCCGGUUCCGAGUGGAAAAUGGCUCGCUGGAUGAGAAUGCCGAUUACACACCUGGAACGUGGCACAGAACAGAUGUGCAUUUGGAGAACCCGGGAUACCACACCAGGUGGUACUUCAAGUAUUUUCUAGGAAAAGUUCACCAGAACUACGUCGGCAUGGAUGCAGAGAAGAAUCCCUUUUUCUUAUCCGUCGUGCUCUCCGAUCAAAACAAUCAGCGUGUCCCUCAAUACCGGGCGAUCCUCUGGAGAAAAACAGGAACCCAGAAGAUUUGCCUCCCGUAUAGCCCUACGAAAACCUUGUCUGUAAAAUCCAUUUUAAGUGCCAUGAACCUUGACAAAUUUGAGAAAGGGCCCCGGGAAAUCCUUCACCCGGAAAUUCAAAAGGAUUUAUUGGUCCUUGAAGAGCAAGAGGGCUCCGUUAAUUUCAAGUUUGGAAUUCUUUAUGCCAAAGAUGGACAGCUAACAGAUGAUGAGAUGUUUAGCAAUGAGACCGGAAGUGAAAGUUUUCAGAGGUUGCUGAGUCUCUUGGGGGACACGGUGACUUUGAAGGGCUGGAACGGUUACCGAGGGGGACUGGACACCAAAAAUGACACAACAGGGAUUUAUUCCAUCUAUACCGUCUACCAAGGGCACGAAAUCAUGUUCCACGUCUCAACCAUGCUUCCAUACUCAAAAGAGAACAAACAGCAAGUGGAAAGGAAGAGGCACAUCGGAAAUGACAUUGUCACCAUCGUGUUCCAGGAAGGGGAAGAAGCUUCACCAGCUUUCAAGCCGUCCAUGAUCCGUUCUCACUUUACACAUAUCUUUGCCUUAGUGCGAUACAACAAACAAAGCGAUAGCUACAGGCUGAAAAUCUUUUCUGAAGAAAGCGUCCCUCUUUUUGGACCCCCGCUUCCUUCCCCGCCCGUGUUUACCGACCACCAGGAGUUCAGGGAUUUCCUUCUGGUGAAAUUGAUCAACGGGGAGAAAGCCACCUUGGAAACACCCACCUUUGCUCAGAAGCGGCAACGAACCCUUGACAUGUUAAUCCGCUCCUUAUACCAGGAUCUCAUGCCUGACAUGCACAAGAACAUGCUUAACAGGAGAUCCUUUAGCGACGUUUUGCCCGAGUCUCCCAAAUCAGCCCGGAAGAAAGAAGAGGCCCGGCAGGCAGAAUUUGUCCGGCUUGGCCAGGCCCUCAAACUGAAGACCAUUGUGAGGGGAGACGCCCCAACUAUUUUAGCCACUACAAGCCUUUGUAAGAAAGAGCCCUGGGAAUCCCAAUGCUUCUGCAGCAAUUUCCCGCAUGAGGUCAUUUGUGCCGAUUCCUGGGGACAGUCCCUGCUGGUCUCAACGGAUGUUGGCGUCCUUCUCCUAGACGAUGGGCAGCCUCCCAUCCCAGUGUUCGAUAAAACCUUGCAGAUCAAACAGAUGCACGUACUUGAAACGUUGGACCUUCUAAUUACUAGAGCAGACAAAGGAAAGGAGGCACGGCUUCUGGUCUUCAGGCUGAACGCCCUGUGGAAAGGCAUCGAAGCACGGCUAAGCAGGAGCAAAAGCGAAUGUCGAGAAAACAAGCUGGAGAAAACAAAAGGCUGCCAUCUGUACGCCAUCAACACCCACCACAGCAACGAACUGCGGAUCAUCGUCGCUAUCCGAAACAAGCUCCUUCUUGUCACGCGGAAGUUCCGGCGGUGGGAGACUCUGAACGGUGCCCCCUUGGUGUCCCCCCAGUCAGAAUCCCCCAUAGAGGAGUUCCAGUACAUCAGGGAAAUCUGCUUGUCCGAUCCUCCUGUGGUCAUGACCUUGGUGGACGGCCCCACCGGUGAAAAUGACAACCUGAUCUGCGUGGCCUACCGACACCAGUUUGACCUGGUCAGCGAGAGCACGGGCGAGUGCUACCGAAUGCACAACGUUGAUGCGAGCAGGGUUAAUUUUGUUGCAGCUAUUGAUGUGUAUGAAGAUGGCGAAGCUGCCCUGCUAUUGUGCUACAACUAUGUCUGCUAUUACCGCAAAGUCUGCCCCUUUAACGGGGGUACAGCUCUGGUCCAACCCCUGGCAUCAGACUACCACUUCAGCUGGAACCAGGUUCCUUAUGCGAUCGUUUGCGCCUUUCCUUACAUCUUGGCCUUCACGAACGACUCCAUUGAGAUCCGUUUGGUGGUCAACGGGAACCUUGUCCAUACAGCGGUGGUCCCAGCCUUGCAGCUGGUGGCUUCAAGGUCAGAUAUCUACUUCCGAGCUGCCACGGCUGUGAGUGAGGUGUCUAACAGCAGUUCAAAGGAGACCAGCUCACCUGGGUCCCCUCAGACGCCUUCCGUUCAAGAAAAUCUCAUUUUCUCCCCUUCCGCAGCAGAAGGUGAAGCUUUGUGCCGAAACAUCUACAAAAUCCCCCUCAGCAAUCUGGUGGGAAGGAGCAUCGAGCGCCCGCUGAAAUCUCCCAUGGUGCCCAAGGUCAUCACCACCCCGACGUCGGCUGGCAUGGCCCCCAUGCCCGUCGCACCUUCCCUCUCCUUGUCGCGGAUAGAGAUCAAACAGAUUGCCAGCAGAACCCGCAAGGAACUGCUUGGCCUCUUAAAUGAUCCUUCUUCCAAGUCCGAAAGUGGUCCAAAGCAGAAGAAGCUUCCAUCAAAACCGUCAGAGCCCAAACAGGGAACUCUACGGUCCUCGAGCAGUGACAGGCUGCUUGUGACCUCCUUCCAGAGCAGUUCCGAAGAGCCCCACUUCUCUACCGGCUCAGACGUUGACCCUGCCCCACUGGAGGAGGAAGAGGGCCAAGAGCCCAGCACUCUCUUCCAACUCGGGGCCUCCUUUGAGGAAGGUGCCAUUGACUUGAAGUGA